GAGACGGCUCGGGUUGACCCCACCCUAGCUUGGGCUCAGCGCAUGCGCAGAUUGGGGGAAGGUUCUGGAAGACAUCGGCGCUGCCGCCAUCUUGCGGGAAGAAGAGCAGCUCCGGCCACGGCGCCGUUUUCUCUGCCGAGACCCUGAGAAAGAGCUGGGCUCAGAGCCCUUUACACACCUCAAGGAACGGAGAAACCCGGGACCCCCCCGCGGGGACCCGGAGCUGAUUGUGACACGAUGGCGUCAGAUGACUUUGACAUAGUGAUUGAAGCCAUGCUGGAAGCCCCCUACAAGAAGGAAGAGCAAAGGAAGGAGGUGAAAAAGGAUAGCCCGAGCAAUACCAGUACCAGCACCAGCACCAGUACCAGCACCAGCACCAGCAGCACUAGCAACAGUGGAGGAGGUGGCGCCAGUGGAAGCAGCACCAGUGGGGAGACAAGCAAGAAGAAGAGGAGCCGCAGCCAUAGCAGAAGCAAGGAUCGGAAACGCAGCCGCAGCCGAGACCGGGACCGACAUAGGCGAAGAAACAGCCGGAGCCGGAGCCGGGAUCGUCAGAGGCGUCACCGAAGCCGCAGUCGGGAUCGCCGACGUAGUAGCAAGUCACGCAGCCGGGAUCGCCGGCGUGAGGAGCGUGUACGCUACAGGAGUCCUCCCCUUGCUACUGGGCGCAGAUACGGACACAGCAAGAGCCCCCAUUACAGAGAGAAGAGUCCUGUACGGGAGCCUAUUGACAAUCUGAGCCCAGAGGAGCGUGAUGCUCGCACAGUCUUCUGUAUGCAGCUGGCUGCCCGUAUUCGGCCCCGAGAUCUAGAGGAUUUUUUUUCUGCUGUUGGCAAGGUACGUGAUGUGCGUAUUAUCUCAGACCGGAACUCACGUCGCUCUAAGGGCAUUGCCUAUGUGGAGUUCUGUGAAAUCCAGUCAGUGCCACUAGCAAUUGGACUAACAGGGCAGCGGCUGCUGGGUGUCCCCAUCAUUGUGCAGGCCUCUCAGGCUGAGAAAAACCGCUUGGCAGCCAUGGCCAACAACUUGCAGAAAGGCAGUGGUGGUCCCAUGCGGCUCUAUGUUGGCUCCCUACACUUCAAUAUCACUGAGGACAUGUUGCGGGGCAUCUUUGAACCCUUUGGCAAAAUUGAUAACAUUGUACUGAUGAAGGACCCAGAUACAGGCCGCUCUAAAGGCUUUGGAUUCUUAACCUUUUCUGACUCAGAGUGUGCUCGGCGGGCAUUGGAACAAUUGAAUGGCUUUGAGCUUGCAGGGCGACCUAUGAGGGUGGGUCAUGUGACUGAGCGACUGGAUGGUGGCACAGAUAUUACCUUCCCUGAUGGUGGUGAGGAGCUGGACCUGGGUACCGCUGGUGGGCGGCUGCAGCUCAUGGCCAAGUUGGCUGAGGGCUCUGGUAUUCAGCUCCCAACCACAGCUGCUGCUGCCCAGGCUGCUGCCCUGCAACUGAAUGGAGCUGUUCCCUUGGGAGCCCUGAACCCUGCAGCCCUGACUGCUCUUAGUCCAGCCCUGAAUCUCGCCUCCCAGGCCAUUGCCUCACAGUGCUUCCAGCUUUCCAGCCUCUUCACCCCCCAGACUAUGUAAGAGCCCAGCGCUGCUUCCCGGUGCCUCUGGGUUCCGCCACCUCCUUUCUCCAUGUCUGCCCCUCCACAGCCCCCUUCUCCCCACUGCCACGGACCACGCCAGCCUGCGGGCACGGACAUUGGCUCUGGGGCGAUUGGGGACAACACUGGACACCAGGAAGAGCAGCUGCUCCAUGGCCCCACUGGGGACGGACUCUGUGCUGAGCAAAGCCCCCAGCCUGGGGGAGCAGAAUCUGUACAUACAUCGAAUACAAGUGUCUCUCUGUGUAUCGUCUCCCUGGGUGCCCUUCAUUGCCCUUUCCCCAUCUAUCAUUCUCUUUUCCUCUGCUCGUCCCCCAUUCUGGGGGGUGUGGGGGCAACAAAUGAAGGUGCCACCCUUCUCUUCUUUUCCCCUUCCCCUCCCUCUUGGCCUACCAGGGAAAGCCCUUAGGACCUCUGGGUGAAGAAGCCUUUUGAGUUUUGGGGGAAACCUUGUAGAUGCUGGGAUGCAACAAAGAGGCCUGGCAGAUGGAGGUGGACGUAUAUACCUUGUGAAGCCUAUAACCUCAGCUUGGUGCAACCUGAGGCCGGGACUGCUGUAGGCUCAGCGUCUUGCUGGGUGGUACAUGAGACAUCUACCCAUCUAGACAUUCUGGAUGCCUUGGGGGCCCCCCCAGGAGUUGAGUGAAAUAUGGGGUGCCUUUCCCAUGCCCUCCAUCUUCCUGUGUACAGCUCCUCUUCCUUCCAGUCCAUCUUCAUCUCUUUGGCCCAGGCAGGGAGGAAGGAGGGGAGUGAGUACAACCAUUCCCCUCCUCUUCCCCUGUGCCUCCACAGCUGGCACUGCCCCCAUCUCUGCCACUUCUUCCCACUCCCACCCUGGCUCACUUGAGCCCUUUUCACUGGAUUUUAUACCCCUGUGUCUGUGUAUAUAAAUAUAUAUAAACUUUGUACAAAGGGCAGCCCCCAGUAGCGGCAGCUGCUGCCUGCACGUCUGCUGUCUCUGUCGGUUGGUCUGUCUGUCUCUGAUUUUAACUUCUCACGAGCCAAAUCCACGGACGGUUCUAGGGAUAAAAGUUUGUAACGCAAUUGCGUUUUUUUUCUUUUUUUUUCUUUGGCUUUCUCUAAAGAAAUAAAAAUAGACAAAAGGCUCUUCCCCGGGCUGGGCUCCCCAUCUGUAUCCGCGUUGUAGCUCCAAGGCUAUUGGGCUUUUUUCUACUCUUUUACCCCAACCUUAAUGCUGUUAGUCUGUAAUUAAGCCCUGACUCCUUUCCAGGCACUCUAGACUGGAUUCUUCCCUUCCACAAGGUGGCAGUGUUUCACUAUGUACCUCUUGGGCAGGUACAGACCAUCCAAGGGGUUUUGGUCUCUAGACUUACUAGUCCCAGGAGAACCUCUUAAAGCCCUUUAUUUCAUAGAUUCCAGCACCUUGCCAGUCAACAGUGUCUGCGUUGUGAAUUGGUAAUAACCAAAGGGAUUAUGGAAGUUUGCCUCUUUUACCGGGUCAGCUUAAUUUGGUGGCUACUGUUUUUGGCCAGAUCCCUUUAGAUGCUCCUAGGUUUGCUAUCCAUAAAAGAGCGUAGUUUAGGGACUUGAAAUUUAAGGUAAUAUUUAUAUAGUGCUUCAAGGUUUGUAAAGCAGUGCUUCAUAAAUGUUACCUCAUUUUAACUUCAUAGCAAUGUUGAGAAUUGGGUGCUAUUAUCCCCAUUUUAUAAAGGAAUUGAUGCAGAUAAAGGUGAAGUAAUUUGUCCAGGGUCACAUAAAAGUAUCUGAUGCUGGAUUUGAACUCAGGCCUUCUGACUUAAGGUCCAAUUGCCACCUUGCUGCCUCUAGUCAUGCAUAGUUUGAAGGAAAUUAGUUUUUCUGAAGGUUUUGAGGAAGGGAAGGCUCCUUACUUAUAGGAGGUGUAGCACAGAUAAGGAUCCUACGGUGCCCACCAAAAAGCCAGGGGCAGGACCUUCACUCAAUUCACUCUGUUUCUAAUCUCUAUGGCAACAGAAUGUUUAAACUCCCCAUGUCACCAAUCUAAAAAUACAAGUAAUUGCUGUUGUGUCUUAA